UCAUCACUCAUUUCACUUUCACACUCUCCUUGUCCUCCCCUUCCUUUUUAUUUAUUUUUCCUUCCUUUUUACUUCAAAACUAAGUAAAACCCUUCCCCAAAAAUUUUAAACCAAAACCCUAAGUAUCUCUCAAAUUUACUAUUCCAAUCUCGCUUUUAAAUGUCACCGGCCGCCGUCGAAUUUCGAUCACAGGAUGCCUUCUCUACCAAUGCUAAACCCUCUUCCACUCCACAAAACCCUGAGCCCGCACCCCACAAUUUCACUGCAUUUCCUCACUCCAACCAUUCCCAAAAGAAUCUCGGAAAUGCGGGGGAGUUCGAUUGCGGCUUCGGUUUUGAUUCCAGUAGCGGCUUUCAUUCCAAGUCCGCCGCUCGGCUAAGGCCGAGGUUGCUCAAGGUGAGGAAGCAGUUCAAUGGGAAGGUGAGAACUGGGGAGUGCGAGGUCGAGUCCGGUUUCAACCCAUUUAAGCAGUCUGGUCAAGGAUCGCGUCCGGUAGGCACUAUUGGUAAUCCAUCAUCGUCUGAGAGUAUGAAUAGAGUGAACGAUGAUAAUAGCAAUAAUAAUAUUAGCGAUAAUAAUAAUUCAAGUUUUGUAUUUGGUGCUAAUAAUGGAAGUGAUAGAGAAUCUAGUGGACAUGCUGAGGUUGAGAAUAGAAAUGAGGAGCCUUUGGGCAAGUUUGAGAAUGUAGGUUUUGUAUUUGGAGCAGAUUUGCGCGGUGGCAUGGAGAAACUGGGUUCUGAAAAGUGUGAGCAGUUUGGUUUUGUUUUUGGCGCUAAUGGGAGUGAUGGACGGGUGAAGUUGAAUCCAGAAAAGGGAGAAUCCAGUGAUUCUUCCCUGAGUUUGGAUGGCUGCGAGGGGAAGAUAAAAUUAGAGACUGGUUUGCAGGGCAGUAACAAUAGUAAUUUAGAUUUCACUUUUGGUUCGAGCAAGAGUAAUUUAGCUUCCAAUUUGGAUUUGGAGAAGCCAGACUUUGGUGAGACUCUCAAAGUUCCCGAUUUCUGUGCUGCUGGUUUUGUGUUUGGUUCUAGUCAGAGUGAUUUGAAGCCGAUUUUCAGUUCUCAUAAGAUUGAACCUACUAAUGUUGUGGGGGAACCGAGUUCUACUUUUGGUGCUAGUAACCUCAAUUCAUCCUCAUUUAUUUUGGAAAGGAGAUCUGGUGAAAACUUAGGACAACCAAUUUGUAGUGAUUUUGGGAAGAUGAAUAUGGAGGGUGAAACAAGGUCACAAAAAAUGGAACCCUCUGCAGUUAAUUUCAAUGCUAAUGGAAUUGAAACCUGGACUGGGAAUGGUGCUAAUAGUUUCUUUGUGUUUGGUGCUACAAGCUAUAAAAGCUCCUCUAAUGAAUGCAAAGAUGGAAUCAAUUCAAGCAGUGAAAAAUUUGGAGUUUCUGCUAGAAAUGUUCAGCACAAGGACGCUUUUGAAAGUGGCAAUUGUUUUGGUAGUUCUUCUUGGGCAAACUCAGUAUUUAUACUGGAACAUGAUCUAGAGAAACUAAAUAUCAGUUCUUCUAAAAAUAUUGGUGGUACUAAUUCAACUAAGGAUUCAGAUACAGAAGCGAAUCCUGAGGCAACAUUUCUCUUUGGUAAUGUGAAUGGUGCUGCUUCUUGUAAUAAAAAUAAUGUUGGAAUCUCUGAUUCCGAGCCAUUUACAUUUCAGGCUGGUAUUGAUAAGACUUCUGACAUUGGAAAUUCUUUUCAAGGUCAUGUUAAAGAUGAUUUAGAGCUGAACGGGACUGAUGCAUGGUCAUCGCUCAAUCUAAACUCACAAGUAAAUACUGGUGUAAUUAAUGCAGCAUCGGUCGGUACUGAAAGGAAUGAUGAAAAUUGCUCAAUUGGCACUCUAGAUCAAUCAGAAAUUUCAUCCAGUGAUUUUAGAACACCCAAAUGGAACCCUUCUUCCUUUAAAGAGAAUUUAUUCCCUGAGGUGGAUAGGAAAUUGGAAUUUGGUGUAAAAGUCAGCUUAACCAAGGAGAAAAGAUCAAAGAAAAUGAGAGGAAAGUCAAGGAAAUCUUCCCUGCAUAAGCAUUGGUCCCAGCAAUAUAAUGUGCCACAGGAAAGCAGUCCUCAAGAAAAUCAAGACUCCUCUCAAUGUUAUUCACCCAUGGAUUUUUCUCCUUAUCGGGAAAUUGCAGAAGUUGAUCAAUUACCAAAGGAAAGUGCUCAAGAUGAAGGUGAUCAGAAAUGCAGUAAGCCAAACGAAGAGAAUUUUGGGUAUGAUCAUCAGAGAACUUUUUUUGGUGAUGGUCCUUCAAGAGAACCAGUUUGUGAAUCUGAAACUGCUCCCACUGCUUUCAAAUCUGACUGUUUCUCUAGUAGCAGUGCUGCUGGUAUUGCUGGAGCAGAAGGCCUAAACGGGACCCAAGAAAACAAACAGAGAACAGAGUCUUGUUUUAGUUCAGGCAUGGAAGAUGAGAGAAAAUUUACUUUUUCUGCAACCUCAACUUCUGGGCAAGGUAGUUUGUCAUUAAGAAAGCGCCAGCUUCGAAAUAAAAGUAAGGUCAAAAUUGGUAAUGCUUCAUUUAUCAUAACUCCAGUCCUGGAUGUUCAAGGAGGGUCUUCCUCUGUCCAAUUUUCACCUUGUGAUCCUGUAGAAUGUGAACAAAAAGAUAAAUUUACACAUCAUAGCAAAGAGGAGAAUGAUCAGUUCAAACAAAGGUCUAACUCCUUUACUGCCGCAGUCCAUGAAGCCUGUGAGAUGUGGCGACUCAGGGGAAAUCAAGCUUAUAGAAAUGAGAAUUUGUCUAAAGCAGAGGAAUUUUACACUCAGGGAAUCAACUCUGUCACCACAAAUGAGACUUCAGGGUGCUCUGUCAAGCCUCUUGUUCUUUGCUAUAGCAACCGUGCAGCCACUCGUAUAUCUCUUGGAAGGAUAAGGGAAGCUCUGGCAGACUGUCUGAUGGCUGCUGCUUUUGAUCCAAAUUUUCUGAAAGUUAAUGUUAGAGCUGGCAAUUGUUACCUUCUGCUGGGGGAAACUGACAAUGCCAUUCGAUAUUUCAAUAAGUGCUUCAGUUCAGGAGCUGAUGUGUGCUUGGAUCGCCGAAUUAGGGUAGAUGCUGCAGAUGGCCUCCAAAAAGCUCAGAGAGUGGAUGAACUUACAAAACAUUCUGCAAUGCUUUUGGAAGAAAAGUCAUCCAAUGCAGCAUCUAGUGCAUUUGAUGCAAUUUCUGAGGCCUUGUCUAUUAGUUCACGUUCUGAAAAAUUGCUUGAAAUGAAGGCAGAGGCCCUUUAUAUGCUUAAGAGAUAUGAAGAAGCAAUUCAGUUGUGCGAGCAACCUCUUUAUGUUGCACAAAAUAGUUCUUCUGAAGCAGAGAUAGACAAACAAAUAACAAGCACAGAUGGUUGUGGGUGUUAUUCUAUUGCAAUGCUGUGGAGGUGGAACUUGAUGUCCAAGUCAUACUUCUAUAUGGGCAAGCUUGAAAAGGCACUUGAAUUACUUCAGAAGCUUGAGCAUGUGGGAUCUUGGAAGGACAAGCAUGGGAGCAAAAUUUUAGAAAUGUCAGUUUCAUUGGCUGUUACCAUUCGAGAACUUUUGCGCCUUAAGACUGCAGGGAAUGAAGCAGUUUGUUCUGGUAGGUAUACAGAAGCUGUAGAACACUACACACUUGCUUUGUCAAGCAAUGUUGAAUCACGGCCUUUUGCAGCAAUAUGCUUUUGUAAUCGUGCUGCUGCACACCAAGCUUUGGGUCAAAUUGCUGAUGCAAUUGCAGAUUGCAGUCUAGCAAUGGCCCUUAAUGAAAAUUAUACCAAGGCAGUUUCCAGGAGAGCAACAUUACAUGAGAUGAUCAGAGACUAUGGACAAGCAUCUAGCGAUCUUCAAAGACUUAUCUCAAUUCUUGAAAAGCAAUGUGAUAAAACAUCUCACCAGUCUGGCACUAAGGAUAAAUCUACUGGAAACUUAAAAGAGUUAAGGCAAGCUCAGCGGCGGUUAUCAUCCAUGCAAGAAGAAGCUAAAAGAGAAAUCCCUUUAAAUUUAUACCUCAUUUUGGGAGUUAAACCAUCGGACUCCACAUCUGAUGUUAAGAAGGCAUACCGCAAAGCAGCUCUUAGGCAUCACCCAGACAAGGCUGGUCAAUUCUUGGCAAGGAGUGAAACUGGAGAUGAGGGGCAACUCUGGAAGGAAAUUGCUGAGGAAAUUCACAAGGACGCUGACAGGCUGUUUAAAAUGAUUGGAGAGGCAUAUGCAGUACUAUCAGAUACUGAGAAGCGGUCGGAGUAUGAUCUUGAAGAGGAGAUCAGAAAAGCUCCAAACAAAAGCAAAAGCAAUGCUUAUGAAAGAGCAAGAGAUGACUAUGGCUAUCAUUAUGAGAGGAGUUCAAGCAGACGAUACUGGCGGGGGAAUUGGAAUGAUUAUAGGAAUUCACAUUCUCGAUGGUAGGAGAGUCAGAGAAGGAUUAUGCUCAUUUAACAGAUUGCAGUUUCUAAUUAAUAACACAAGUUCUGAAUGGAACAGUGAGAAGUGAGUGCCAUUGGUAUGAUCAGAGGUAAAUAAACACAGUUUUAGAAUGGAUACGUUGCAAAAGUGUUGCAACAGUUGUUGGUCUCCAAGAUUUAUCCAUUGUAUGCAUAUGCUGCAACAAUCGUAAGCCAAGACUAGCAAGGAGAACUAGAUUUUUGAAUCGUGAUAUGUUGCAACUGUCACAAUACUCUGCUGAAGGGCAAGUGCAGCUCUGCUCUAGCAAACAAAUAAUUGGGUUGGGUUGGGUUGGGUGGUUUGGAAUUUUGAAACACAAAAGUGAGUGUAAAAAGUGUGACGAUGAUUGGAUUUAGUAAUUAAGAAAAAUAGAAGAUAUUGUGGAUUGGUGUUUUAUGAUGGCUCUGGGUCAGUCUCUUUUCCACAAAAGGCAAUAAUAGAACAAGGAUUUUUGUGACAGGAAUGCUGGGGUAUGAAACAGAGUUGAUGAUUUAGUCUCGCAAAUUGGAUGUUUUAGGUCUUCAGUGGACCCACUGUUGCUUUUAUGUUUGGUACUGCUUUGUUUUACCCCAGCAGUGUCAUCACUGAUGUAAUUAUGUUUUUGGGAAAUUUCAAAUGGAUGAUUUUUUCAUACAA